AUGCAGUUUCAGCGCAAGAAUUCAAUGGGGAAGAAAAAAAAGCAUGCUAAAACGUGGCCCAUUGAGAAGCCGCAGCACCUUUAUCUUGUCCUGGAUGACUGGUCAUGGGGAUAUAGUAUUCGAAAGAUCGACUUGACAUUUGGCGACGAGCGGAGGGGUGCCAUCUACACCAGCGAGGAUAGACUACCAUCUGCCAUGUUUUGCUUGCAGGGACGUCGUGGCGAGCCCAAAGCCAUCAUGGGUGCUUUUGACAACAUGAUUUUGGCUAUGCCACCCUUGGACCACAUACACGGGAUGAACAAUUUGGGUCUACAUUGUGGUGCCGUAAUUGACAUUCAUGCACGGACCUUCAUUAAUGGACCAUGGCAGGACACGUCGCUGGAUGUGGUCAACCCAAUCUACAUUCCUGUUGGUGGCAGGCUCUUUUUCCUUGGUGAUAGCUCCUCCUGGAUGCUCUACCAGGCAUGUGAUGAUGCCUACUUCUAUAACUUCGUGUGGGCGUGGUCGGAGCUCCCCAAGCCAAUCUUUCAGUGUGAACUUGUCACCUCCUAUGCCGUGCACCCAGAUGAGCGGACCAUCUUCGUUAGCGGGUCGUUUGACGCCCCUACCACCUUCAGCAUCAACACAACCGAUCCCGCCACCAUCGGCUUGGAGGAGCCUGUGAACCCUCAGUGGAAGCAACAUGGUAUGUGGCAGCUGCCCUUCACUGGACGUGGUUAUUUCGAUCCUGAGUUGGACGCCUGGGUUGGGCUUUCCGCACAGCUGGACACCAUUGGCCACAUCUGCUCAUGUGAUGUGGUGUCUACCAACUCCGACACAAGCCAUCAGCAGUGCCCAGCCCUGAAGGUCGGCAAAGAGAACUUAUUUGGCGAGUUCCUAGACGAGAGGCACAUAGGUGCCACCCUAGUCUAUACGGGUGGUGAGAGCAAAUUCUGCCUCCUGGAGGUCAUCUGCAUGCAAGCUGACUUAGCUAACCAGCCAACUGAAUCUGAUGAGAAGAAUGAGGACUUCGACGCUGGGUUGAAUGACACUUAUUCCGAUGAGACGACUGUCGGUGAGGUGACUGAUGAGAUGAAUGAGUACUCUACUAAUGAGGUGAAUGAGGAGCAAGAUCAGAAACGUUUUUUGCGGUUGACGACCUUUUCACUUAGGUAUGACAGGAAUGGAGACCUGACAACUGGCAAUAGCCGGCGGGUUCGGUACUAUAGUUUGCCUCAAGGAGUUACUAAUUCGAUGCUUGAGUAUCCCGUGGCAUUCUGGAUGUAA